CCGGCGCACAGCGGAUGGCUCAGCGGGGCCUCAGGCUGGAGGAGGUCGACAUCGCCCUGCGUGGGUUGGCAUCCACCUCACGUGUCGAGGUACGAGUUCCAUUCAUGACAGUUCAUUCAUCAGGCAGAUGAAGACAACGAUGCAGAGACAACACUCUGUGUGUGUGUGUGUGUGUGUGUGCCUAUCAAACAGGCGGUGGAUGAGGUCUGCAAGUUGUGCCUGGCGCCUGAGGCCAAAGAGGACUGGAGCAGGAGUGACAUUGCUUCGACCUGCGACUGCUGUGGCAGCAGACGGAUGAUGCCGCUGGUGACACCAUCAAGCUGCUGGCCUCCGUCGCCACUAGUGUGCACUUUCCCUACUUACUCGACUGCCUUCCAGGCCCCCUCUCCCCUACUCUCCCGCCUCAUCCCAUCGCUCACCUUUCCUCGAGCACGCUGCCUGAAGGUCGACGAGUGCAGCCUACCAGAAGGGCCUCCCUAUGGCUCGCCUGUGCCUGAGGUGGUCCUGUCUAAUGUGUCACACCUGUUUCCACACGUGACACGGGCGGAGGUGAGUGAUGUGGACGGUGUGUGCUUUGUGUGUGAAGUGAGGUGAUGUGUGGCUGUUUCUGUGUGUGUGUUUCAGGAACGCUGCUACAACUUCACCUGCUAAUCCGGAGUUCCUGACACCAACAGAUCCCCCACAGAAAGACCGACAGACAGCCCCCCCCCCCCCAGACUGACCCAACAGAAAGACCCCACAAAGAGAGGAAGACCCCACAAAGACAAACAGACUAAACAGGCUGACCCCCGUGUAUGAUCGGACGAAUGCUGACGACUGCAUGCGUGACAGACACCACACCGUUGCAUGGACGUUGGAAGGUCUAUCCCUGAU